AUGAAUAUGAUAGCGGAAGCAUCGGCGGAGAUGAAGUUGAACCACAGCGUUUCUGACCUCGAUCAUGGAACCGCGCUACCCAUCUCCACGACACUGUCCACGUGUCCGAGCUCGUCGGGAAACGUGUCCGACAUCUUGGCUACCCCGCCACCAAAGUCAAAGUGCCAUCUAUUAGGCGGGGCCGAUCCACUGAUCGUUUCUGCGCCAUUAGGGGAACAGUCCUGGCAGUCUAUCGAACAGCGUAUGUGCCCCGAUGUGAGCUACGAUAUAGAGGAAUACAAGAAUAUCAAAGAAUAUAUUCCGGAGUGGGGCCAUGAAGACGUCGACGUUCGUCGUUUUCCAUUCUUUCUAGUUCCCAGAGACGAGACCGCUGGAGGAAACCGAAUUUCACAGGAGAUCAUGGUGCUAUCGCCGAAGCCAAAGACGAUAACUCUGGAUACCAUUCCGGAAGAUUCUGAGGUCCAUUGCAUCACCGCGUCGGACUUCGACCUCAUUCGUCCCAUGUAUAGCAACGUUGGUCGCGAAGACGAGCUCUACCUUGGCAGAAAGAGCGGGGCUUCCAAACUUUACGCCGUGAAGGUUAUCAGAAGGUCGUUGAUAUCAGAUUCUUCAGUUUCCGCAGACCACGCACGGGUCGAACAGACGGCACUAAGGCUGCUUACUGAACGCCAAGUACCCUUUAUCACCAGGCUCCACUGGAGUUUUCACGAUAAUGCCGUGUUCUACAUGGUCACGGACUUCUGCCCCGGCGGGUCCCUGCGCGCGUUCGUGCACGGGGGCAAAUUCGAGCAGGGGUCCGCGCGAUUCUACACCGCCGAGAUUGCCGAGGGCAUCUCCGCGCUCCAUGCCUCUGGAAUCGUUCAUCGGGAACUUACGCCAGAGAAUGUGCUCCUCGAUAGAGCGGGCCACGUUGCGCUCUCAGACUUCGGGUCGGCCAUGUUCUCAUCUGACGCCUAUUUGACUGAUUCCAGAAGACCCGGACGCGCUGUUGGCGUGCGCGGGUCUGGCCUCUACCAUGCACCGGAGGUCAUAAUGGGAUGGACACAUGAUCGCGCGGUAGAUUGGUGGGCUUUUGGGAUGUUAGUGUAUUUCAUGUUGACGGGACAGCACCCGUUCGUGAUCGGAGGAAGCUCGUCUGCUGUUCAUCGCUCAAUAUUGGAAAGUCAUAUAUUGCAUGGCGAGUUCUUAGCUUCUGUAUCCGAUCUACCUGCUCAAGACUUGAUAUCGAAGUGCUUAGAACGCAAUCCUGCCAUGCGCAUAACCGAGGACGGUGUGAGGGCGCAUGCAUACUUCGGUGACGUUGACUGGCAGCAAGUGAGAGAGAAGAAAAUCCUAGGUCCAAUUCCAUUCGUGCCGAAGUUUGAAGAUAAUCUCUACGAGAUCAACUCUUUUCCUACAAGUCCUGGUCAAGUUUCUUCGGUGAUUCUCUCUCCGGCAGCAAAUGGGAUCGUUGGAGAUGUCUCCUUUACUUGGGGGCUAGAUAGCGUUGAUACUGCUCAGGAGCAGUAUACUCGAAUGGCCUCUGACGCUCACGCUUCUGCUGCUGUGCUAGUCGACUCGCUGGAAACGGAUGCUGUCUCUCCUUCGGUGAAUAUCGGAAUUGGCACGAAGAGCGAAGAGGAACUUGACACCGGUCUCUCUAUCCCUGCUGAGCUUGGUGGUCGCCAGUCUGGAGCGGCGUCUCCACCAAUCAGGCGCGGACUUGGUACCCUGCGCAAAUACUCGAGCCUCAAUUUCGAUCUUGACACUCUUGCAUCUGCACCUUUUGGCAGUCAGGAUGACAUUUCGAGGCCAUCUCCUCAGCCUUCGAACAUCCUGCGUAAAUCUCAGUCACAGUUGAACUGCGGAUCGCCUCUGUCGCUGCAAGAGACUCCCGACACUUCCCGCUGGCGGAACAAGUUACGCAAGAAGUCGCGCCCCGACAUCUCGCUGAACUUCGUGCAUACGCCGCAGCCUCCACUGGCGCUCCCUCAGGGCGUCGAGCAGAUCGGCAACGGUAUCGGAUACACUCGCCGCUCUGAUCCCUAUCAUUCACGUCUAUCCAUCGCCACUCUCACCCCGCGGACGUGCUAUGCCCUCUUUUCUGGUGGACGCCUCCCCAGCAUGCCUGCCAAGUUCGAGCCGAAGGAGGGCCGAAAUGGACAGCGUUCUAACCACGCUGGCGUCGCGGUAAUGGAGGGGCCGAACCAGAGCGAAGACCAGAUGGACGCGGUCAUGCGGGAGAUGUACGGCAGUACGUGGAACUUGGGGCUGUCGGCGACAGAUCUCUCCUCGGCUGGCGCGGACCCAAGGGCCUAUGCGGCGCUCGGUAGGCCGUGCGUUGGCCUGGGGUACGGGGAGACGCCGUUUGGGAGGGCCCAUAGUCAUGCACGGAACAUUGCAAUGCGCGAGACCACGCCGACGCCAAUGGUUCCUGCUGAACUCAGGUCGCUCAGCCCCGCUAGCACUCUGCGGUUGGUCUCGCCGUCGACCACGCCUCGGAUGGAUCUUUCCUAG